AACAAAACAAUUGGAGCGCUAUCGCGUCCGAAACUCGACGCGUACGCAGUUCAGUCACGGCCAAUCACCGCGCGCCGUCGGUUGUACGCGUUUAACUGUUUUUAUAAUCUGUAUCCCACGUGUUUUUUUUAUAAACUUCAUACAAAUUAAAUUACAUUACAGUUUAAGACAGUGAAGUAAUAAUAUUAUAAGACUUCAGAAUUGGAUUAUUAAAACGCAACAACCAUGCCACCAAAUGCUGACCGUCGCCACGUCAGCUUCCCCUACCUCCAGUACCCUCUUUACCGCGAUGACGAGCCGAGGACAGCUUAUCAAUGGCUGAAGGGCAAGCAGACCCAGGAUGGCGCCGAGGGCUUGUGGCGAGUCCACGACAAGCUGUAUGACUUGACCAGCUUCGUGGCUUCGCAUCCCGGCGGCUCCGACUGGCUGGAAGUGUCUAAGGGUACGGAUAUAACAGAAGCAUUCGAAACGCACCAUCUGAACGGAGUAGCAGAGACGAUCCUACCAAAAUACUACGUCAGAGAUGCAAAAGUUCCAAGAAACUCACCGUUCUUAUUCAAAGAGGAUGGCUUCUACAAGACUUUGAAGGCGAAGAUAGCGCAGAAGUUGAAAGAAAUACCAAAGAAUGUUAGGAAGAAGAGUGACUUCGUAACAGAUGCGAUGCUCGUUGCGUUGUUGGUGUUGAGUCCACUUUCCUGCUGGGCGUGGAGUCAGAAUAUAUUUGCUGGCGCCGGAAUAACCCUUGUAACUGGCGUGGUGCUAUCUGGGCUCACCAUCUGUGCCCACAACUACUUCCAUCGAAGCGACAGCUGGCGGAUGUACCUCUUCAACGUCUGUGGAAUGUCUUAUAAAGAGUGGCGUAUCACCCACGCGCUCUCCCACCACCUGCACACGAACACACUACAGGACAUCGAGCUCAGCGUACUGGAGCCGUUCCUCAUCUUCACCCCCUACAAGGACAAACCCAUCUGGGCGCAGAUGGCCGCCUUGUACUACCCAGUGAUAUUUCCCUUCUGUACUAUCACCGCCACCAUCAAGGAUAUGUACACCAGCAUAACUGGCUUCGAAGGGAAGAAGGGCUCCUGGGAUACCUUCAUCACCUUCGCCCUUCCGAUGUGGAUGUGGAUGUUGGGAGGGCUGUGGCUUCCCUGGACCCUGGUUUUGUGGAUCGUCACUCUUGGAACCGCUAGUUUCUUCUUCAUGGUGUUCGGGUUGACAGCUGGCCAUCACAGCCACAACAACUUCUUUGAUGGAGAUAUUCCAAGGGAAGACCACAUGGACUGGGGCAUCCACCAGCUGGACACGGUGAUAGAACGCGAGGAGUUUGCCGGCAACCACUUCCAAUCGCUCACCAGAUUCGGAGACCACGCUUUGCACCACCUCUUUCCGACUUUAGACCACGCCGAGCUCACAUACCUCUAUCCAACCCUGAUGGAACACUGCGAAAAGUUCGAGACUCAAUUAAGAACAACUACGUUCUACGAAGCCCUGAUCAGUCAAAGCAAACAGCUAAUCAGAAAGCGACCUAAUAACUUCAGGGAGCCAAAGAAAAUCCUAUAGAAAUGAAAGCUCAAAUUCACAAUUUUGUAACUGCACUUGUAAUGCAAAUCGUUAAGGUGAUCCGGUAACUUAUAAGACAAAAAGCCUGGUGAUAUUAGAUACAUUUAAAUUGCCUUCAAAUGCUCCUGAAAGCUAGAUUCAUUCUGCCAUCUCGGUUGUUACCUACCACGGAAUAGAAGAAAGAGGUUGGAAAGGCCCUAACGCGCAUUUUGUAUGAGGACCGCUGUCGCCGGUUUACUCCGCUCUCUGUUAUUACUACUCUUGCAAACAGAUACUCAUCAUCAUCAGCCGUACGACGCCCACUGCUGGACAUAGGCCUCCCCCAAGGAUCUCCACGACGAUCGGUCCUGCGCUGCCCGCAUCCAGCGACUUCCCGCGACCUUCACCAGAUCGUCCAUCCACCUUGUAGCGGGCCUACUCACUGAGCGUCGUCCGACACGUGGUCGCCAUUCUAGAACCUUUCCGCCCCAGCGGCCAUCGGUUCUCCUCGCUACGUGUCCUACCCACUGCCACUUCAGCUUUGCAAUUCUACGAGCUAUGUCGGUGACUUUAGUUCUCCAGCGGAUCUCCUCAUUUCUGAUUCGAUCGAGCAGAUACUCUGCUUCUCAAAUUCCUUAGCCACUUUAUCGGCGAUUUAUAUUUUACACAGGCUGCAAUUUCAUCAUUACUCUUCGUAACAUACAGCAUAAAAAAGUAUUUUUUGAUUAAUAGCCGAUCAUACUGUUUUUAGCCUUCUUGUGAAAAGGAAGAAUUUCCUUAUGAUAGUCGAUAUUUGACUUCAUGCCCUACAAGUUAUAAUGCAUAAGAAGACCUAAUAUAUUUUCACGGAACUCCGUGCGUCGUAAGGUUUUCGUCGGACGAGUGGAGAGGAAAGUUGAAAUAUUAACUAUUUAUCCAUACUGGUGAAGCACACGCGUUUUUCUCGCGUCAGACAGAGUACUGCGGGGCGGAAGGCAAAAGGGAAACCACUGUCCUAUUUUUCCCUAAAAAGUAGCAUGGAAAAUACUGCACCGACAAGAGCGUGGCUCUUAAAUUGAUGAUGACCCAUACUUGCAUGGCGCGUGUGCCGUGCUGCUAUGGCCCUUCCAACCCCAUUCUUCUAUUCCGUGGUCAUUACCAUUUAAAGAGACGGGCAUAAAGUAAAAAGUAGAUAAGUAUUUAUUUAUUAUGACUUAAAAUUUAGUGCAGUUUGGAUUAUUAUUCAAUGGCAGUAAAUUAUAAUCGAGUGUUUGACAUACGACUAAUAAGUAGGGCCUGUAUUGCUGAAUGCCAUACGAGCAAACGGGACAUAUGAACUAUUUCAUAAUUGGACUGAUAUAAUGUUACCAAUUUAAUAUUGUCAUUAUUAUACAUUUAUAUUACUUACAUAUAUUAUAUGUACAGGGUUAUUUUGAUAAACUUGUAUUCUAGGCCAUAAGGACAAGCGGCUGUGGGAUAGAUAUAAGGGUACUUAUACACGUAAGCAAAUACAAUUUUAGCAAUCC